AAACGUAACAAUCAGUUCACGUCAAACACUUCCGGUACAUAUUUAUAUUAAUUUUGAUGUUGAAUUCGAAUAAUUCCAAGGACUUUGUGGUUCUAAACAUUCAGUUUACAAAUUUUAUUUAUUUAAAAACGAAUUGCAACGGAACAAGAGCUCCGAAAGAGGCAGAAAUCCCGCAAAAAUGAACAUCCGACAGGUUGAGGAAGCAAGGAGAAACUAUGAUGAUCUCAUGGACCUGCACGUGCAUUUCGGACGGUCAUUAGCAUCUGUCCCUGUGAGCAGUCUGUUGUCAAGAACUGCUGGUGACAAAGAAGAGAGUGACAUGAAUUUUCAGCAGCUUCACAACAACAAAGAGGCAGCUCUUGGUGUUCCUCAUUCACAGACUUGUGAAAAAGAAGCAGAGUGUUCAGUGUUGCCUCAGACUGCAAGUGAAACUUUCACCUAUGGUCCUUUUUAUUUAAGUCCAGUAAAACACCCAACAAACAACGGAUCAUUGGAACUGAAUAAUCAGUCUGCAGCACCUAGUGGAAUUUGUUCUCGCCAUGUUACCAGGAAAGAAAGCAGUGGUGCUGCCUUGAUAUUGCCUUCAAGCAAAAUGUUAAAUGUGUCCUUAAAGCUGAGAACCAGUAGAAAGGUUGCUCGGCCUAAGAAGCGAAAUAAACUACCAAGGCCUAGCAGUCGCACAAAAUUGCAGCAUCUUGUGGUGGACUGCCAGACCAUUAACAGGUGGUGUACGAUCAAAGAUAAAUUCUCAUUCAAGACAGAUGUGGAGGUUGCUGGAUUUCUUAUACAGUACUAUGAAAACACAAGUUUUGGGGCCUCAGCUGGAUAUUGUCACAGCUGCCAGGGUCCUCUGACACUGCACUGUAAAAAAUGUAAUGCACCUUCACAGCAGGAAUAUCUUAUUCCAUUGACAUGGCCCUUUCCAGGCUCAGGUGAUCUACCUCUUCAGUCUAGUCCAACAUCUGACAGCUCUGCCUCUCUAGACCAAGAUACUGUCAUUGAAGCAGGUGAAGUGAGAACAGAAAUACCUAAGGAAGAAUUUGAUCUACAUCUACCGACAAUGAUGAAGAAGUCAAGACUUAAGUCAAAACAUGAGGAAGAUCCUGAGAGGAAGAGGCUGCUUUGUCAAGAGUGUGGGAAGACCUUUCUCAGUGCUGCAGGACUUCGAGUCCAUGUGCAAAAACAUCUAGAAAAACCACACAAGUGUAAACACUGUGAUGCUGCCUUUGCUCUCAGGUCAGAGCUUAAAUCUCACCUUGCCUCUCAUGGCAUCAGGCCUUACUUGUGCCAGGAAUGUGGAUCUGCAUUUAAGAGAGCUGAUGCACUGAAGGUACACAUGAAAGUUCAUACUGGCGAAAUGCCAUACAAGUGUGAUGUAUGUAGCCGAGCUUUCAAACAUUCCAGUGUUCUCAAAGAACACACCAUGAAGCACCUGGGAAUCAAACAGCAUGUGUGUCACAUCUGUGGCAAAGCGUAUGCGUCCUCUCGAGCCUUUCGAAAACACAAAUGGACCCAUUGUGACAAAAAACCUUAUGAAUGCAACCUCUGUGGAAAAGAAUUUGGUGAUGGCCAUGAGCUAAACGUUCACAUGCGAAGGCACAGAGGAGAAAAACCAUUCCACUGUAAUGUGUGCAGUAAAAGCUUUGCAAUAGGCUCAGGUCUUAGCAUUCACAUGAGAACACACACUAGAGAGAAACCAUAUAAGUGCACAGAGUGCGGAUCAGCCUUUUCACAGAAGAACAGCUUGAACUCACACAUGCGAACUCACACUGGUGAAAAACCAUUUAUGUGCAAAUUUUGUGGAACAGCAUUCACUGAUGGUUCAAGCUACAGAAGACAUAUGAAGCAGAAACAUGGGGCUGGUUACAAAAGCCGGUCAUUGGCUGACAUGACGUAUCCUAAUCAGUCAGCACCAGUCUAACAGAUGCCAGGGUCUCUUUUCGGUCUUAGAUGCUAGUUUGCCAAAACGGUGCUUUUCUUUGGUGGUUUUAUUAACCACUUGGUGUUUCAAGCUCCUUUCUGAAUCAAAUAUUUAAGUGGGUUGGGUGAAGAGCAGGCAGAGGGUCCAUUGCAAGGUGUGGCGUCUGCCCAUAAAAUAAUAUGGGAAAUGUGUGCAUGAACUCGUCAGGUGGCGUGGAAGUUGCAUGACUAUGUUUCUAAAUGUUGUAUGUCUCAUCAUGUAUUCAUCAUUAUUACCCAAAACUGGAUAAAUUCAUCUUCACACUGCCAGUAAAGCAUUUUUACUGAGACCAGGUCGAAAACAAACUUUAAGGAGAAGUGGGGCUGGGGGUGAUCAUAAAGAAUCACUUAUACUUAUAAAUUUCUAUGCAGUUUUUCUACUGCCAUAAAAGGAUUAGAAUGAGUAAACAGCAAUCAGGGUUAUCUGGUUUUUAUUGUAUUUUAAAGGGAAGGUGCUUAGGAAAAAGGUCAUACUCAGGAGAGUUGUUUUAUCUCAAUAUUUUACUAUGAGUGGGUGAUACAUUUGUACUUUGUCCAUUUCAGCAAUGGGUUUGAGGCUGGAAAAGGAUGAGAGUGAAGCAUAAAACUUAAACUGAUAAAGAAAGUAAAAUUUACACCAUAAGCUUUCUAAAACUAAAUGGAAUAUAAAGAGAAGCAUUUCUAUGGAUGAUGGAGCUUAUGAACAAAUGUAUAAUAUUUGGAGAGAAGACAAGUUUGAGGUUGGGAAUACAUUUUGCAUAGAGGAACAUGUGUACAGUAGGAAACUAUGAUACAAGUAUAGCAGAGCGUUGACGAGCAUUUUGCAGACCUUAGGUUCUGGGUCAACCCUUUCCAUUUGUCCCAAUCAUAUCCGAGCAAGAUCUAGUCAGUAGGAUAGUACUUGCUGAAAUGCACCAAUGAUUUCCCAUUUGCACAAAAGAUACUUUCAUGUGAAUGAGAAGCCCUAUGUCAUUGUUUUCAUUUGUUUUGGGAUUUUCUGUUUUGUUUUAAUACCUGCUUAUAAUGUUAAAGGGUGCUUAGCACAAGUUAUCUUCUCUAUUGUCUGGAAUUGUGUUUGAAACAGGUUACAUGAUAUUUAUUUAAGUGCAAGAACAAACAAAGCAUUUUAAUGCACAAAUGUACCUAUGAGCUGUGUUCAGCUCUAUAUUCUGUGCCAUGCCUGGUACUGUCAAAAUUAUUUUUAUGAAACUCAAUAAAAUUUUUCUAAAGAAA